UCUCCCUCCCUCCCUUCCUUGCUCUCUGCCGGAAUAUUAGCCGGUGAGUCGCCGGCGUCGGCGGUGGGAAUAGUCGGGAGAGGGGAAGCUUCUGCUGGAGGUGAGAGAGAGAGAGAGGAAUAAGUGGUUGAAUCGAGAGUAGUAUUAAACGUUUUUUUGUAUGGGUUUGAACGGUUGAUUUUGAAGAGAGAAUGGGGAAGGUGGGAUUCGGACUUGCGUUGGGAUGCGCAACGGCGACAUGUGUGAUCGCGGCGGUGAUGAUGGGAAGGAGGGUUAGGAGCCGCCGUAAGUGGAGGAGAGUGGUGGCUGUGAUGACGGAGUUAGAAGACGUUUGCUCAACGUCGGUGGGACGACUUAGGCAGGUUGUUGAUGCUAUGGCGGUGGAGAUGCAUGCUGGUUUGGCUUCUGAAGGGGGCAGUAAGCUUAAGAUGCUACUCACCUUUGUUGAUACUCUUCCAAAUGGGAAUGAGAAAGGAACAUAUUAUGGUCUAGAUCUUGGAGGUACUAAUUUUAGAGUAUUAAGAGUUGAGCUGGAAGGAAAUCGAUCACCUUACAUUAAACAUGAUGUUCAACGACAACCAAUUCCCGUGGAUCUAAUGACCAGUACUAGUGAGGAUCUAUGUGAUUAUAUUACUUCAUCACUCAAGGAAUUUGUUGAUAAGGAAGAAAAAAGUGGUUCUGAUGUGUCUGUGGUUGAAAGAAAGCAGCUUGGGUUAACAUUCUCAUUUCCUGUAAAACAGACUUCUGUUUCUUCAGGCUUACUUAUCAAAUGGACAAAAGGAUUUAAUAUUCAAGACAUGGUUCAAGGAGAUGUUUCAAUGUGUCUGCAGCGGUCAAUGGCUAAGCAAGGUCUUGAUAUGCGGGUUGCAGCUCUUAUAAAUGAUACUGUGGGUACGUUGGCAGUUGGACACUAUCACGAUUCAGACACGGUUGUUGCAGUCGUAAUUGGUACGGGUACAAACGCUUGCUAUUUUGAGCGAGCAGAUGCCAUUAUUAAGUGCCAAGGGCUUUUCACUACUUCAGGUGGCAUGGUGAUUAAUAUGGAAUGGGGAAACUUCUGGUCAUCGCAUUUGCCAAGGACGCCUUAUGAUAUCGAGUUAGAUUCUGAAAGCCCUAACCCGAAUGAUCAGAUAUUUGAGAAGAUGAUAUCAGGAAUGUAUUUAGGAGAUAUAGUGAGGAGAGUUCUUCUCAGAAUGUCUCAAGAAUCUGAUGUUUUCGGACCUUUAUCUCCAAAAUUAUCUGUGCCUUUCAUUUUGAGAACACCCCUGAUAGCUGCAAUGCAUCAAGAUGAUUCUUCUGACUUAAUGGAGGUGUCUCGAAUAUUGAAUGAUGUUCUCGAGAUUGGGGAAGUUCCACUAAAGGUGAGAAAACUUGUAGUGAAGGUGUGUGAUGUGGUGACACGUCGGGGUGCCAGGUUGGCAGCAGCUGGCAUAGUGGGAAUCUUGAAGAAGAUUGGUCGAGAUGGAAGUAGUAGUGGUGGUGGAAGAAUGAAAACAGAGAUGAGAAGAACGGUAGUUGCAAUAGAGGGCGGUUUAUACACGAGUUAUUCAAUGUUUAGGAAAUAUCUUCAUGAAGCAAUGACUGAGAUUUUAGGGGAAGAUAUUGCCAGCCAUGUAGUUCUAAAAGUCAUGGAAGAUGGUUCAGGUAUUGGGUCUGCCCUUCUUGCUGCUGCUGCUGCUUCUUCUUCUGCUAGCUGUUAACAUAAAUAUAUAUAUAGCUUCUGUAAAUUGUAGAAUCCAUUCCAUUGUUAUUAUUAUUGUCCAUAAGUUUAGAAGAUGCAUUUUAUUUUAUAUAUAUAGUUCAAUUUUAAUUCAUAAUUGUGAAAUAUAUAACAUUCCAAAUCUUUCUC